UCACCCACACAUUGUUUUGCAUUUAUUUAUUUCACAAUUUAAGUGGCAGACCAGGGUUCUUUUCAGAACUAAGGCUUAGGUAAGGCUGCUGUAUGUGGGUGUGGAAUUUCUAACAUAUUUUAGUAUAGAGAAUGAUAAGUCUAAGUGUAUUAGUAGCUUACUUUGAAUUCUGAAUUCUGAAAAUGAACAUACAUUUCACACUGAUCUGUCAGGUUUUGAUUUGAUCCUCUGAAGUUGCCUGCUCUGAAGCACGUAAGCCAUGCAGGACAGGUUACCAUGGUGAUCUUAAAAGUGAGUCAGUUAGUGAUAGCGGAAAACCUGAGUUAAUCCCAAAGAUAACCGACUGACUCACUCAUCAUGCUUCGUUGUACAUCCUCCCUGAUAUUCAUAACUGUGGUGAAAACUCAACAGAGAGUCAAUACACAAUAGCUAGAACCAAACCAAACGACAGAGAUGCAAUGAUGGAUGGUGUGACUUGCCUGCAUUACCCUUUGGCGUACACGACUGCAGUUAUUUUCCCUCCUGCAAGUCAGAAUAUGCGUAUGAUGUGUGUAUAUAUAUAGAUAGCAAACCAUUCAGGUUUUUAGGUUUCAAAGUAGUUCUGCUUUUGUGCCGGUGGUCAGGCACAGUUUGAUAUUUUAUUUUUAAUUAGAGCUGACAGCAGAGGAGAGAGAGAGCUUAUGAAGAGAGGACGAGGAAAAAGGGGAACAUAGAAGAGAGAGAUGGUGCAGAGAAGGCAGACAGAGAAAACAGGUGGAGCAGAGAGUGUGAUGAUGGAGCAAAUGCGUUCUUUAAAGUUUUAAAGUAUUUGUACACUGUAUACUGUAUAAAAUACUGUAUAUAUCAUCACACUUUCUCCUCCAUGCCUCACGGUGGGAACCACACAUGCAGAUGCCAUCUAUUCAUUUUCUCUGCAUCUCACAAAGAUAGAUAUACACUGGUACAGAUAUACACUGGUCUGAUGUCUAAAGGUCUAGGUGAUUUAUUUAUUACCAAGACAUAUGCGUGGCUUCAGGACGCAGGCCUAGGUGACCUUGAAUAACCCUGGUGCUCCACUCGAAUUAGAAGUCUGGUUUUCCUAUACAAAAAACAAAAAAAAAGUGGUGUUGUGGUGUUGAGUUCACAUUGUGCAGUGUUUCAAACGUACCACUCAACAGGAAAAAACAGACUGUUUCUUCUUCCUCCUCCCACAGACACACAAACACUCUACUGGGUCCGCCCACCAAAUGAUCGCUCCCUCUUGAUAAUUUUUUUUCUUUCAACUGAUACUGAUACACCCAUAGCUUGGUUUCACAUCGUUCUGCAGGACCUCAGAGACAAAGAGCUACUGAGGAAAUGACAUCAUGGGGAGCCAAUGCUCGACACUUAGGAGGGGGAAAAUAAAGGAAGAGGAAUGUUACAAAAUUGACCAGAAGAAAGAUGAGGUUUUCAUGAAAGUAGAGAGUGGAGAAAACUCUCCCUCUGUUCAAAAAAGUCAAUGUCUGCAAGAGGAGGUGCGAGCUUUAAAGGAGAUAACGGUGGAGGAAACGGUGACAAGGCAGGAUGAUGAAACACAGCGUUCUACAGAGAAGAGCAGCACCCUGCCACAUGUGGUUGAGGUUUAUACCCCAAGUCCUUGCCUCUCUGAAACACAUGAGCCUGCUUCAGCCAUCAGUGAGAAGAAAGAUUCUGAAGUGGACUGGGUGGACAACAACAGGGCUAAGCUCAUUCAGAGUGAUAUUCCAGUGAUCGUGAUAGCAGAUGAGAUGUUACAGCAGGAAAUCAUUCAUAAAGAGUCGUAUGCCAACAUCAAGGCUGCCACGACUAACCAGGAGCAGAUGCGGGAGCUCUACAAGGUCCUCACAACUACAAAAGCCAAAUCUACCUUCUACAGCAUCCUCCAGAACAUUCAACCACAGAUAUUUGAAACAGAAGAUGUCGUCAAAGAAGUCAUGAAAAAGCAUAAAGCAGAUCUGAAGAAAAAGUCCAGCUAUGAGUUUGAAGGCACUGAAAAAGAUCAUAAGGAUGCCCAGUCACUGGACAAAAUUUACACAGAGCUUCACAUUAUACAGGGAGAGAGUGAACGUGUCAAUGAAGAACAUGAGAUCUGGGAGAUUGCAGAUAAGUCCAGGAGUCAAACAGCUGAGGGCACUAAAAUCAACUGCAAUGACAUCUUUAGUACACCAGAAAAUUGCAUGUCAUCUGAACAAGACAGAAGAGAAGUGAGAGCUAUCAGAACUGUGAUGACAAAGGGAAUUGCUGGUAUAGGAAAAACCGUCUCUGUGAAGAAGUUCAUCCUUGACUGGGCAGAUGGGACAGCCAAUAAGGACUUGGACUUCAUCUUUGUGAUGCCAUUCAGGGAACUAAAUCUGGUCAAAGGUGAGCAGUUUAGCCUUGAGACACUUGUGAGGGACUUUCAUCCAGAACUUAAAAACAUAACAAUCGCAAGAAUCUUUGCUAAUCACAAAGUUUUGUUCAUUUUUGAUGGUCUUGACGAGAGCCAACUUGAACUAAACUUCAAAACAACCAAAAGACUGACAGAUGCUACCAAGGAAUCAUUAGUGGACACUCUGGUGACCAACCUCAUCCGGGAACAUCUUCUUCCCUCCGCUCUUAUCUGGAUAACCUCAAGACCAGGAGCAGUCCAGCGCAUCCCUCGCCAGUAUGUACAGCAGUGGACUGAGGUCAGGGGAUUUAAUGAUCCACAGAAAAUACAGUACUUCAGGAAGAGAGUUGAGGACAAGGCAGUUGCUGAAAGGAUAAUUACCAACAUUACAAUGUCCCGGAGCUUGUACAUUAUGUGUCACAUACCUAUCUUCUGUUGGAUUGCGGCAAAAGUCCUUGUGUAUUUGCUAGGAAAAAUGGACACCCAAGAUGACAACAUCAAGAUACCCACAACUCUUACUGAGAUGUACACACACUUCCUUUCCAUUCAAAUGCAGAUAGCAACUGAUAAGUAUGACAUGCAGAAUGAGUCAGACAUAGCCACCGAGGAGAUCUUCAGGUCAAAUGUAGAAUUCAUUUUGAAAUUAGGCAGGAUGGCAUUUGAGCAUCUGAAUGAAGGUAAAAUCAUAUUUACUAUCAGUGACCUGAAUAAGUAUGGCAUCGACAUAAACAAAGCUGGAGUUCACUGUGGGUUGUGCACACAGAUAUUCAAAGAAGAGAAGGUGUUCAACACAAGGAAACUCUACUGCUUUGUGCAUCUGACAGUUCAGGAGUACUUUGCAGCUCUGUUUGUGUACCACAGUUUUGCAAGUAAAAAAAUAGACUCUCCAAGCCUCAAGAACUUUCUGCUGAUAGGCUCUGAGGAACAUCUGAAGUCUAUCUUGGAUGCAGAUCCAGUUGAUUUACCUUUGGAUGAGCUGAUGGAAAUUGCGAUAGCUAAUUCAACUCUGAGAAAGACAGGAGAACUGGACAUGUUCCUCAGGUUCCUUAUUGGCAUGUCUCUACAAUCAACACAAGAACUGCUUCAAGGCCUGAUUCAGCAGACAGAGGAACACUCUGCAGUUGUUGAGGAAAUUAGGGCAAGUCUAAUAGAAAUAGAUUUAGGGGACUGCUCACCUGAAAGAUGUCUGAACCUUAUUCACUGCCUGAUUGAGCUGAAGGAUAGUUCCCUACAUGGGACUGUGCAGCAGUAUGUGAACCCAAAUGAUGGCCCAGAAACACAGCUCUCCCCUGUUCAGUGCUCAGCUCUGGCCGAUUCAAUCCUAAUGUCAAAUACGCCUCUAGAAGAAUUUGACCUGAAAAAAUACAGACCAUCAGCAAAAGGUGUUUUUAGGCUUCUCCCAGCUAUUAGGAACAGCAGAAAAGCAAUAAUCUCAGGGGUGUAUCUCGAUGUUUGGCUUUGUGAAACAAUCUCCUCAGCCCUUCGAAUGCCAAACUCUGUGCUAACCGAACUGCAUCUGACAAACAGUGAAUUUUAUGAAAAAGGUACAAAGAUCUUGAUUGAUGGACUGAUAAAUGCCCAAUGUCAACUGGAAGCUCUGAGUCUCUCAGGUCGGGGAUACCCAGAUGAACUAUGUAAGGAUUUGGAAUCAGCUAUCAAAUCAAUAACCUCAAAUCUAAGAGAACUGGAGCUGAGUGGAAACAUAAUGAGGGGCUUAUUAUGCUCUCUCCUGUCUGUUGUGCUAUUCAGCCCUAAACUGGAGAAACUCAGACUGAACCGAAAUGGACUGACUGCAGAAGUCUGCAAGGAGUUGGUGACAGCACUCUCAUCCAACUCAUGUCACCUGCAAGAGCUGGACAUGAGUUACACCUGUUUGGAAGAUUCAGAAAUGGAAAUCCUCUGUACUGGUCUGAUGAGCACAAACUGUAAACUCAAAAUACUGAGUGUCAGUCACAACAAACUAACUGAGAAAGGUUGUGAGACAGUGGCCUCAGCACUCGGCUCCAGGACUUCCUGCCUGACAGAGCUGGACCUGAGCUACAAUGAAGUGCAGGACUCAGGAGUGAAGACGCUCUGUAAUGCACUGAUAAACCCACAGUGUUGUUUGAAAACCUUGAGGUUGUCAUUCUGUAAAGUGACAGUAGAUGGAUGUGUCGUCCUGUCCUCGGCUCUGAGGUCUGAGCACUGCCGCCUCAGGGAGCUGGACCUGAGCUUUAAUCACGUGGCAGAUCAAGGAGUCAGGCUGCUGACUGAAAUACAGAAGGAUUCACGCUGCAGCCUGGAAAAACUUAAUGUGGACCACAAUGAAGAAUGCUGGUUUGACUUGAAGCUACUGAGACAGUAUGCCUGUGAUCUGACGCUGGACCCCAACACAGCAGGCUUGGAAAUAAGUUUGUCAGAAGAGAACAAAAGGGCAACAUUUGUUCGUGAGAAGCAACCAUAUCCUGAUCAUCCGGACAGAUUUGAUGCCUGUCAAGUACUGUGUGAAGAGGGUCUGACUUGUCGCCAUUACUGGGAGGUUGAAUGUGUUUCAGCUGAUGUUGGAGUGGCAUACAAAAGUAUAGACAGGGUAUCAGACUGUUCAAGUGAAUUUCGUUUGGGAGGUAAUGAAAAGUCUUGGUGCCGGAUUCAGAAUGGGAGCUUUCAUCAUAACAAUUCCUCUCUGACCUUUGCGGACGGUUAUAUCCACUGUGAUACCAUAGGAGUGUAUUUGGACUGGCCAGCAGGUAUUUUGUCCUUUUUUAGAGUCCUUCCUGAACCGAUGACCCACAUGUACACUGUCCGUACAAAGUUCACUGAGCCACUCCAUCCUGGUUUUCACCUGGACCAUCACUUUGGAUCAAUUCACCUCUGUAAACUAAAGUAACCAAAAAUCUUUGUGGAAAUGUCAUAACUGUGGCCAAAAAACAGCCAACCUGUGCUGGACACAUGCAAAAUGAAUGAGUGAAGAUAAAAAUGAAAUACAGAAAAUUUGAAUACAAUUAGUGUCUGCAUUGCCAUGGUUACUGUAAAUAAUGCACGUAUUCACUCAUCUCACAGGUCUGUCUCUUUAAACCACUGACACUGAUCUUGAAACGAAUGAACCAGAUCCAGCGUGUACAGGCUGGUCUACAUUCCUUCUCACAGUUCAGUCCUUCCUCAUGAGUUUACAUUUUUUUCUAACUCACAUGCUUGAAUCAAUUUCUAUGGAAGUUUUUGGGCUUCAAUUUGAUUUUUAUCUUUUUUUUUAUGUUUGUUGACAGCAUGUAUUUAAUUCAUUCAGAACACCACCAUGACUUCAUGACUUUUUUGAUAUAUUUCUUACUUGUGAAUAAUUUAUUAUCAACCUUGUGUAUAUAAGCAAAUGUGAUAAGUGAAUUUCUCCCAGUGUGGGAUCAUUAAAGUCUAUCUUAUCUUACAUCUAGUUUAAAUGUGUGAAACCAUUGGCAUUGUCUCUUGAAUAUCAGUCCUGUUUAUCUGUUGGUAUGCGCAGGCAAACAGUAUGUACAGAUGGAAGAAUGUACAAUGAAGGUCCAUGUCGAUGUUUGUGUUAUUAUUUUAUUUUUUAUUUUUUUGUUUAUUUUAUUCAGUGAAGACUAAUAAAAACAGUAAAUGUUGA